ACUCCACAGGCUGCAGCAUAUCGCACACCGAGCCGAUGCCCUUCGCAGAGAAACAAUAGUGUUGACUGCGUCCGCGAUACGAGGAAUCCAUCAAAGAGCCUCGAACGAAAACCACAUAUCGAGCCGACGUAACCUCGAAAAAGAUCAAUCUCUGCUAUUCGCUUCGAUCCAUUGGCUCGAAACGUACAUCUGUGCCGGAUUCCAUGGUUUCACCCCUCGCGCAACGAACGUAUAAACCCAACCGAGAGAUGUUUUCUCGCGAGAUCGUCGGCAAAACUGUUUCAAUUGCGUUAUACUUAUAGUUUAUUUCAAGGAAUAAUCUUUUACACAAGAUCCUUGUUGAUCAAGCGGUUCUUUUACGUGUUGUUAGAAACGGUCGGUGAUAGUGCAUCCGUCGGUUGUCAUAAUGUUCUCGUGGUCGUGGAAAGUGCGAGAAAAGUGAGAAGUAGUGUGCUUAAACCCUAUCAAGUGCAUCGCGUACACACAUUUACGUAGACACGACACAAGCGAAGGGAUGACGAUGCUACUAUCAGGAGGGAACCGAAUACAGCUUCCUUGAUCCACGAAUAUUCGCCGCGAAGCACCCUCGUUCUUGGUCCAGCUUAAACGCCGGAUACAAGGUGCCAAAACAAUUGAGCUAUUCUAUCGACGGAUUCUGCGAUUAAUUAACGAUUCUAUGAUCGAUCACACACUGGAUGCAUUACGUAAUUUGGCGCAGUGAUAUGUUAACCGAGGACAAUGAUCCGACGAAACCAGCAGGCGUUUUAGACAAUGCUGGCAACGUGUCUUCGUCGACAGAGGCCUCGGUACAGCACCCUCGAGCCGCAAACAAUGAAACAGAAGUCAAGAACGAGGUGCAAGAUUGUCCCGAAAACGACAGCGUGCCCAGCGGGGAAUUAUACAUCGACGAGAAUGCCGAGGAAAAGGAACAAGAAUAUCCAGAUUCUAUGGAAAAGGCGGACUACAGUUCGUUGUACGGAGCCAAUCAAUAUUAUAACAGUCUGUACAACUCACCCCCCUACGGGACAACCACAGCCGGGAAAAACACCUCGGGCUUGCAAAGUUCUUAUCUGACCUCAUACACAACGCCCAGCUCCAUGUCUCAAUAUUCAUCUUACGCUACAUACAACAGCAGCACCACGAAUUUCCCCAACGUGGCUCAAAAUAUAUCACCGUCUUCACAGAAGCUAGAUUACAGCGCCUACAGUAGCAGUUUGUAUGGAAAUGACAGGGUACCAUUACAGUAUUCCGGAUAUUACCCCAUGCAUGGUUACCACACGACACCCGCCUCGUUUAACAUUGGAAACCUAAAUUUUGCUGAUUCGACAAAGUCUGCGCUCACGUUGGACGCAACAACUCACGAUGCCAGCGAUCUUACCGCACGAGAAACCGCAAACAUCGAAGGUAACACGAUUCGAGCGACAGCGAAACCUUGCAGACGCGGAAGACGCCAGAGCGGAAGUGGAAACAGUAUAGGUUCUGCGGAUACGACAGAAGCCGGUCCUGACCGGAUAUUCAUCUGGGACCUGGACGAAACCAUAGUUGUAUUUCACUCCUUGUUAACUGGGCAAUUUGCAACGAAGCACCGUAAGGAUCCGGUUCUUUUGGGCCAAGUGGCGUACAGAAUGGAAGAAAUGAUAUUCAAUUUGGCUGAUACUCACUUCUUUUUCAACGACGUCGAGGAUUGUGACCAAGUACACAUCGAUGAUGUAUCAUCAGAUGAUAAUGGGCAAGAUCUGUCUUCUUACAAUUUUGCUAACGAUGGUUUCCAAUGCGCGUCUGCGAACAACGGUAUAUGUUUGGCUUCUGGUGUUAGAGGUGGUGUCGAUUGGAUGCGAAAAUUAGCCUUUCGCUAUCGAAAAAUUAAAGAGAUCUAUAAUAAUUACCGAAACAAUGUUGGCGGUUUAUUGGGCGCUGCAAAACAAGAACAAUGGUUACAACUGCGUUCUGAGAUUGAAGUGCUCACCGAUAACUGGUUAACGUCAGCUGUAAAAUGUUUAAGUCUCAUAAAUAAAAGAAAUGACUGCAUUAACAUUCUGGUUACUACCACGCAAUUAGUACCGGCUUUAUCUAAAGUACUGCUUUUCGGGAUCGGCGGAAUAUUUCCAAUCGAAAAUAUUUAUUCGGCCUCGAAAAUCGGAAAAGAAAGCUGCUUUGGAAGAGUAGUUGCGCGAUUUGGUCGAAGAUGCACAUAUGUGGUAAUAGGUGAUGACUCUGAUGAAGAAACGGCAGCACGUGCCCAUAAUUUCCCAUUUUGGAGAAUAAACAGUCACUCGGACACACAGUCGUUAUACAACGCCUUAGAAAUGGGAUUUCUUUAAGCAGAGGAUACGUUUAUAAAGCGAAUAGGUUUAUGGGGGGGGGGGGGGGAAAUUUGGGAAAGUAUGUCCUAAACGAGAAACAUCUUACAAUUAGUCAUAAUGGGGGCUUAUACAAGAUAUUUCUAUAUUCUUUACAAUCGAUAAUGAGAGUAUAAAAAAAGACGCUUUUAUCGAGUGAACCUUUCAAACAUUCCUAUUAUUUAUCGAUCGUAAUAUGUAAAUUGAGGAUCGGCUGUUCCUCUAAGAUCGCCAUACACGAUCAUCGAUCGUAAUCUAUUUGUCGAUCGUCAAAUGUGAUCGAUCGGAGCAGGGUCCACAGGUGAUAUACAAUGAAAGUAAAAGAAAGUAAUGAGACAAAAGUGAAAAUUAAAGAGUUAUAUAUAAUACGAAUAUUUCUAAUUAAUUACUGCACAGUCUCGACCAUAUAUAAAAAUUAAUUUGUUGCAAACUGUAAGAAUGUCUCGUGUACUUAAACGUGUUGCGUUUCUUGCUCUUACAAAUGUACGUAUAAAAACUAAACUGGUCGAAAAGAAAUUAGAUUCACAAGCAGGAUGAUGUUACACGUAACGUUCAUUAGUUAAUAUUUUGAUCGAUGUAUAUUUCUAAACAUUACGGAAAUUUUAUAUGAAUAUUGUGAUACGGUUUAUUUAAUUAUAGCAUGAUACCAGUAAAUGUAAUAAAAAGCAUGGUCAAACGGAUACUUUUUAACAUAGUAGUUUGUGAAAGAUAUAGUCACCGUUUUAUUAGUUACAUUAUAUAAAAAUAUUUGACUGAAAUAUCAUGCAUUCUUAACAUUAAUUUCUUCGUACAUAUUGAAUAUUAAGAAUAUUUAGGUACCUAUGUUUUUGAAUUCUUCGUAUCGUGGCGUGGUUUAGAAACUUCUUUUUAUAAUUUCAAAUCCUAUUCCGAGUUAUCUUUAAUCAAAAACAGCAUCUUAUAUAUUAUAUGUAUAAAAUUUCAAGGAAAUUAUAAAUAAUUUUAUGAGGACACUAGAUAUAAGUAAUAUUUUCAAAAUGUACGAAAUUAGGUUGUAUACUUACAAUCUUAAUUCAUAAAAGAGAGAAAUAUGAUUAGCAAAUGAUAACCAAAGUUUAAUGCGGUUGAAUAACUAUAAAAUUGAUUUAUAUGUUUUUGAAAUGUAGCUUAUAUUAAUUAAAAACGCAUUUGUUUGUCAAAACAAUUUUAAAAAUAGGUUGUUUAUAAAUUUAUUUUCUUUCAAUUAAAUUUACGAGAGUAGUACCAUCAUACGAAAAUUAUUUAUCACUUUGUAAUAUGAUAAUUGGAAGUUUAUUUUUAAAAUUAUAAUCGUAUAAAAGCAAAACGUAUAAUUUAAUCGACUGAAUAGCACAAAAACUGCACAAGUUAUAAAAUGAUUAAAAACGUAAUGCUGAAUGCAUAAAUAAGUUUCUAAAUAAAAUUACUUUUUAGCGUAUUAUGCAUUUUGAACUUCGGUUGAACGAAAUGGUGUGACUAUUAGACUUAUAUAUAUGAAACGUAAAAAGAUGAAGACUAUAUACAAUCUAUAAACAAUGAAAUUCAUUAAAAACACAACAUUUUUUAAAAUACAUUUGUAACAAACGUUCAACUUUUUAUGUAUUUAUACUUUAAAAAAUUAAUUUUUUCAGACAAAUGUAUUUUUGUGUUAAAUCAAUAUUGUAUUACACCGAUCACAUGAUAAAUAUGGAUCUGUGUGUUAAAAUAGAUUGACGAAUAUAGAAAAUAUGGAAUAAUAUUAUUAUAUAAAAGUUUACAUAUGAUCGAAGAAUUACGAGAUAUAAAUUUUUUAUUUCAAAUACUUUCAUUUUAAUUUGUAUAACAUUUCUUUUAGUUAUAUAUUCGAUUUUAUAUUGAAUGCACAGUGAUGUAACUAUUUCAGUAUCUGUAUAAUUUUACAACGAUUUAAAAAAUUGUAUUACGCAAACUGUGCCUACUGAAAUUACAUAUAUUUUUGUAAGUAAUUGUUAUUAUAAUUCCAGUAUCAGGCUUUCCAAUACAUAAGCAAUAGUUUAAUAUCAAUGUUAUAGAGUUAUCUAUGUAUAGCAAUGCCUAUUUUCUGUGUUGAAAUAAGAACGUGACAUUGUUUAAUUCCGUAGCUGUUUAUGUUCGUUUAUGCUUUUUAUACCGAGCAAAUGAUAUUGCUUUGCGAAUCGGCAAAUCGCAAUUACUACGUAAUUUGUUUUUACAUUGUAUAGAAUUUUAGUGGAAAACUUAUGACAUUUGUGUCUUUUGUUAUAUAAAUAUUUUUAGUAA